AUGGCCGCCGCCGUUCUUCAACCCGCGUUUUCAAACAUCGAAGCUAUCUCAGAUGAUAUCGAUGCUGUGAACGUUCUCAAAUCCCAGCCUUCGAAAGGCCUUUAUGAUGAAUCGGAAUUCGACAAGGCCAAAGACACGACGGGUUUCCGCCAAUUCAACGAUGCGUGUGACCAAGUCAAAAACUUCUACGCCACGCAGCACACUCUGCAAACAGUAGCAUACAACCUGAAAGCCCGCAACGACUUCCACACUCAAACACGCGCAAAGAUGACCAUCUGGGAAGCAAUGGAAAAACUCAACACUUUCAUCGAUGAAUGUGAUCCCGACACUCAAGAGUCUCAGAUGACACACCUUCUUCAAUCGGCCGAGGCCAUCCGCCAAGAGGGCAAGCCUCGCUGGAUGCAACUUGUUGGACUGAUCCAUGAUCUCGGCAAGCUGCUGUUUUUCUUCGGGGCUCAGGGCCAAUGGGAUGUCGUUGGGGACACCUUCCCUGUUGGGUGUGCUUUUGACGACCGAAUUAUUUUCGGGACUCAAUCUUUCAGCAAGAAUGAGGAUUUCAACAACCCUGUCUACAGCACCAAAUAUGGCAUUUAUUCCCCAGGCUGUGGUUUGGAGAAUGUCAUGUUGUGUUGGGGACAUGACGAGUACCUCUAUCACAUUGUCAAGGACCAAUCUACUAUUCCUGAUGAAGGACUCGCGAUGAUUCGCUAUCAUUCUUUCUAUCCGUGGCACCGCGAGGGCGCUUAUCAUGAGUUGAUGAACGAGCAUGAUAAGAAGAUGCUUGAGGCCGUGCGGGCCUUCAAUCCAUAUGAUUUGUACUCUAAGAGUGACGAGGUUCCAAACGCUGAAAAGCUGAAGCCUUACUACCUUGAGCUCAUUGAUGAGUUCUUCCCUCAGAAGGUUGUGAGAUGGUGA